UGCACGUGACUGUUGGUAAAUUGUUAUAUUUCGAAAAAAAUUAUUUCUUCAAAAAAUGAACUCCCUCGAUGUUUUAUUAAAUUUAAUUUUGUGGAUUUACACGCAUAGUCCGCCUUAUGUGGUCAAUGAUUAUAUCAAUGGAUUACAAAUGACCUCGAACCCGGAUAGCUACCUGACUCCACCUCAAAUAAUCGCAAGAAAUGGAUAUCCAAUAGAAACACACAUAGUUCCAACACAGGAUGGAUAUUUGCUGCAACUACACAGAAUUCCUCAUGGAAAAUCUGAUAAUGCAAAUAGAAAUAGGUAUCCUAUUUUAUUGAUUCACGGUGGUCCAGAUUCAUCAGCUGCAUGGAUAGAAAACGGACCAGAAAAAUCUCUAGCAUAUUUAUUGGCUGACAACGGUUUCGAUGUAUGGAUGAUGAACAUGCGUGGAAAUACAUUUUCCACAGCUCAUAUCACGUUUACACCUAAAGAAAGAGAAUUUUGGAAUUUCAGCUAUCACGAAAUAGGUAUUUAUGAUAUACCUGCUUCCAUCGAUUACGUGCUCAACAAAACAAAUCACGAGCAGCUUUUCUGCAUAGGAUAUUCGAUUGGAAAUUCCGUGUUUUACAUAAUGCUAUCGGAGUUACCACAGUAUAAUGAUAAAAUCGUGGCACAAAUUAGUCUAGCUCCAUUUCUGACUUUGGUGCAUGAACGCCAAGUUCUGGGGUUUUUAGCAAAUAUUUUGAAAAGCGCGUUGGAACAAUUAUACUGGAAUACACCAGGUGGAAUUGCGCAACACGACUUAGAAACAAAACUUGAGCUACGUAUUUUAAAUUCCAUUUACAUUUUUGGAUACAGCUUGAAUGAUAUAUUGAUUAAUUUAAUUUAUGGUAUGCCGCUUCAUCAUCUGAAUAAAGAUACAGCGCCUAUUUUGCUCAACAACUGGCCGGCUGGAACAUCAGUAAAGGCGGCUCUUCAUUUCCAUCAAAUGCUUGAUUCAUUUGCUAACUUUGACUAUGGUUCAGAAGAAAAUCUGAAAAUGUAUGGGACAUCACGACCAUCUGAGUACAAUAUUAGUAAUAUAAAGGUACCAAUUCGCGUAUACUAUGCAGUUUCUGAUACUAUCGCUGGGCCAGAAGAAGCAAUACCGUUGUACGAAAAAUUACCGGUGAAGGCUGGGAUAGUAGAAAUAACAGAUCCUAUGUUCUAUCAUAUGGAUUACAUGAGCAAUGCAAAUAUCAAUCAAUUACUGAAUGAUGAUGUGUUGAACGUAAUACCGUACAUGAUUUUCAACACUUCCAAUCAGGCAUCACAAUGAGGAAAAUCAUCACAUAAUUCAAAUAAGUAGAGGCCAUAAGCGGUUGAAGUUUUCAAAGCUUCAUUUAGUAGGUAUCCUUCCUAACAGUAGUUGAAAAAAAUAACAAUUUUUGUAAAAAAAAAGUGUUGCUUUUUUUUUUAGAAAAUAUCGUAGUAAUGAAUCUGUAAUACUUACUCGCCUAGUUCUAAAAUUUAAAAUGCUAUACCUAUCUCAAAUGAAAUAUAGGAACUGACCGAUAAAGUUGAAUUUUAU